GUGAAUGCAGCGAGGUUUGAUUAGUAUUCAUUGAUUUUUAUCUCCGACAUGGCGAGAUAAUCGGCAUCUCUUCCUUUUCCCACAUCCCCGUGUUCCGAGUUCUUUUCUUUUUUCUCUUUGAUUUCAGUCUUGUUUUUGUUUUAUUUCCUUCUUCGCUAUUCUUAUUUUUAUACCCACUGUCUUUUCAGGGAGACCUCUUCUCUUCAUUCCUUCCCCCAUCGAUGCACGCCUCCCUUCACCAACGCCUCAAGGCGACCCCGCUGUCUGUUGCGAUGCCGGCCUCCAUCCACGACGAAUACCCCGCGGGGCCAUUGACCCCUCCUGACAUGCCAGUAGGCGCUCCAAAUGGAUCUACCGAAGAUGCCGCCUCUUCUCUCCUGACGGCGAUCCAUGUGCUUUCGACGGAGCGUGCGGCGUUGGCUCACCUCGAGCGACUCUAUCAGACCGACGGCCUUGCGCAGGAGAACCUGGUGCGUGCGGUGGACAAGAUCGUGCGGACUAUACAGAAUGGAGGGAAGUUGGUGUUUUGUGGCGUGGGGAAGAGUGGCAAGAUUGCGAGGAAGAUUGAGGCGACGAUGAAUAGCUUGGGCAUUUUCAGUAUGUUCUUGCACCCGACAGAGGCGUUGCAUGGGGAUUUGGGGGUUAUUCGUGAGAAAGAUACCCUGCUCUUGAUUUCGUUUUCUGGUCGCACCCAGGAACUUCUGCUGUUCCUCCCUCAUAUCCCUCCCACGGUCCCCAUUAUCGCAAUCACUUCGCAUACGCACCCGUCAGCCUGUCCGCUCAUCUCGUUCCAGUCUCCGGACAUGGCGAUAUCCCUCCCUGCUCCGAUCCACGAAGACGAAGAGUCCUCCUUUGGCCUGAGUGCCCCAACCUCGUCCACAACUGUGGCCCUCGCCCUGGGUGAUGCCCUAGCCCUGGCAACGGCGCAGCGACUGCAUAAAUCCCCAGACCGCGGCCCUGCCGAGGUCUUCAAAAGUUUCCAUCCCGGCGGUGCCAUUGGCGCGGCGACGGCUGCUGCUGCGACUGCCGCGACGACUCCUAUGAGCAUGCUGUCUACGUCUCCCUUGAAUUCCACGUCGUCGGAUUAUCUGCAGUCUCGUCCGUUGGAUGAUGGGUCGCAGACGCAGCAGAAGCAAGAUCUCAUUUCGAACCGUUUUGUUCCUUUCCAUAAGAUACCUAAUGUAUCUGGCCAUGGCACCCGUCUCCUCGAUAUCCUUCUUACCGCCGUUCAGAACCCAGAUGCUAAAUCCUGGGUUUCUAUCUCACAUUCCACAUCAUCUACUGCCUCGACAUCUCUCGUCAUCCCUCGUCACCUCCGCUCCCUCACAACCACUCACAACGUGGACAUGACUCUCUCUUCAAUUUCCACCUCUGGCAUCUCUGUCUCUGUCCCGCAGGACCAGUUCUUCUGCGUGCCUGCUUCGAGUACCCUGAACGAAGUACGCAGACUCGUCAGCGACAACGAUCAGGUUUCAGUGAUCGCUGGGGUCGACGAGUCAAAUCCAGACAUAAUUCUGGGAGUCAUGGAGGUGGAGGAAUUGUGGAGUGAUUGAUUUUUUUUCUUCACUUUCACAUAUCUUCAUCGAUCCCUCACUUCUCUUUCUUCAUUUUUUUCUAUUUUAGCAUCUAUCGAUCUUCUGUCACCUAUUUUUUUCUUUUCUUUUCUUUUCUUUUCUUUUUUUUUUUUUGGGAUUUAUCUUUCGUGACCUUUAUCCAUAC